AUGUCUAUGGAGAGUGGAAUCGAUGGCUGGCUUCGAUAUGCUGCUUUACCAGCCGAAAUCAAAGCGACACAUCGUCAAUAUUCUAGGAUUGUUGUCUUGAACAAAUCUGAGACAAGCCCCGUCUAUACAGCUGGAAAGGAGCUACAACAAGGGCUAAAGAGAAUUCUUAGCCAAGAGGUGAAUCUCAGUUUUGACUUCGGCGAUGAUCUCUCGGGCGUCAUUGUUAUCGGUACCACCGAAGCAUUCGCAGCUGGUGGUGAUGAAGUCCCAACGCUCAAAGAAGGUGGAUUCUGGCUCAACACACAAUCUAACAGCGACUGUGUUCACAUUAUUGGUCAGAAUGAGCGCGGUGCUCUUUACGGUUCCUUCGAGUACCUGAUGCUCCUUGCGCAAGGCAAUUUUGCACCCGUCGCGUCGGCUUACAACCCCAGCGCACCAAUUCGAUGGGUCAACCAAUGGGACAACCUGGAUGGAAGUAUCGAGCGAGGAUAUGCCGGCCCGUCAAUUUUCUUCCGCGAUGGUGAGGUUGUCGAGGAUAUGACGCGCAUCGGUCAAUUUGCUCGCCUCCUUUCCUCUAUUCGCCUGAACGCAGUGGUGGUCAAUAACGUCAACGCCAACCCCAGGCUUUUUAACGAAACAAACUUGAACGGGCUUCGUCGCAUUGCAGAUACUAUGCGCCCUUGGGGGGUACGGAUUGGAAUCUCUCUUUACUUCGACUCGCCUCGGGAGUUUGGUGGUCUUCCUACAUCUGAUCCGCUCGACCCUGCUGUCAAUGACUGGUGGAAGGAUAUCACUGCCAAGGUUUAUGAAAAGGUCCCCGAUCUUAUUGGAUAUACCAUCAAAGCAAACUCAGAGGGUCAACCAGGCCCGCUCACUUAUAAUCGCACUUUGGCUGAUGGAGCGAAUAUGUUUGCGAGAGCAUUGAAGCCCUACGAUGAUGCCGUCGUUAUGUACCGUGCAUUUGUCUACAAUCACCACUUGGACGAGUCAGUGUGGAAAAAUGACCGAGCGAAUGCCGCAGUGGACUAUUUCAGCCACCUGGACGAGGAAUUUGAGGACAACGUGAUCGUACAGAUUAAAUGGGGUCCAAUUGAUUUCCAGGUCCGGGAACCACCAUCUCCCUUACUGGCGAACCUGCGGAGAACCAAAGCCGUGAUCGAAUUCCAAGUGGCCCAGGAGUAUCUCGGACAACAGUCCCAUUUCGUCUACAUGGCACCACUCUGGAAAGAGAUUCUCGACUUUGACAUGCGAAUCGACGGGAAACCAUCCCUAAUUCGGGAUAUCGUCUCUGGCGAGCGUCUCGGCUGGAGUCGCAGCGGAUAUACCACAGUCCUCAACAUCGGCAGUGACGACACAUGGAUCGGUCACCACCUCUCCCUGUCUAACCUUUAUGCUUACGGGCGAAUGACUUGGAACCCAUGCUUGGACCCAAAAUCCAUUAUCCAAGACUGGACGCGUCUUACCUUCAGCUUAGAUCAAGCUGUUGUCGACACAGUCACCAAAAUCUCUAUGGAGUCAUGGCCCUCCUAUGAGAACUAUAGUGGGAACUUGGGUAUCCAGACACUCUGCGAUAUUAUCUACACGCACUACGGCCCUAGUCCUGGAUCCCAGGAUGGAAACGGGUGGGGACAAUGGACUCGUGCGAAUGACCAUUCUAUUGGCAUGGAUCGAACGGUUGCUACCGGCUCAGGAAAUACAGCUCAGUAUCCGGCUGAAGUUGCCACUGUUUAUGAAAACAUCGACACGACUCCCGAUGAGCUGCUACUUUGGUUUCAUCAUGUUCCCUAUACACACCGGCUCAAGUCUGGAAAGACGGUUAUUCAACAUUUCUAUGAUGCACACUAUGAAGGUGCCGAGCACGCUCAGACUUUCCCGGUUGAGUGGAGAAAGUUGAAGGGUUUGAUUGAUGAUCAUCGAUUUGAAAACGUCGCGUUCAAAUUGCGUUAUCAGGCUGGUCAUGCCAUCGUGUGGCGGGAUUCGGUGAAUAAUUUUUAUUUCGCCAAAUGCAACAUUCCUGACGAGAAGAACCGCGUCGGAAAUCAUUCCUGGCGUAUUGAGGCGCAACACAUGAAGCUGUCGGGAUACAAGAUUGUUUCAGUUACUCCUGCUGAAGCCGCAUCGGGUGGAAAGGCUGUCAUCACUGAAUCGGCUCAAGUCAGCGGUAUCGCUGAGACCAAACUUGAUUUUCCUUCGGGAGUCUAUAAUAUCGCGGUGAAUUACUACGAUCACUUGGGUGGACGAUCGAAGUAUGAGAUCUUUCUGAAUAAGCAAGUGAUUGGAUCUUGGUCUGGCGAUUUGGAAGAUAAGCUCGGUCAUAAUUUCUCGGAAUAUUUGGAUGGUCAUUCGGCUACUAGGGUUACUUUCUCUGGAGUCCCAGUGAUGAAGGGCGAUAUUCUCAAGGUCGUUGGACACCCUGAUGGUAAAGAGUUUGCUCCUUUGGAUUACAUUUCUAUUUUACCGGAGGGUAUUGUUGAUUAG